AUGGUACUGGUCAUAUUUUCACACUACGUCGUCGCGCACGUUGCGUUCAGUAUUGAAGAGUCUCUCGAUAACAUUUUUCCCGCACCGCUUGAUUUCAAUGAGAAUCAACCCUUCGACCCGGAAAAUGCAGAGGAGAAUGAUGAAGGUGCAACAGGCGCUGCAGUAAUCGAGAGGCAGGGUGAUGACGAUGUCCGAAACCUACUCGAUAGCGAAAGGAGGCGGAGCCGCAAGGGCAAACAACCAGAACGCCGCGAUGUUCUCCAAAGAUGGCCCGCCGAGCGUAGAUCGCAGGCUGAGUCGAAAUCUCCCGAUAUGUCAUUUGAGGGCAACGCCCAAGGCAGCAGGCACGGCAACGGUAUCAUUCGGGAGCCUGAGCCUGGCCCUUCGUCGAGAUCUCCUGAUGCUGAACCGAGCAUGAUACAUAUGAAGCGUAAAAUCCGGAAAGCCAAGCUAGACUACACAUGGCACGCGAAUGCAGGGCCAACUCCCAUUGCGAAGCCUCCGUCCACUCUUGACGCAGAUGAUCUUGGAACACUAUUCCUACAUCGUAUCCUGAGCGCGAAUGGCAAGGUGACGGACGCCGUACAAGUAUGGAUGUGGGAUCAGUUUGAUGACGGUUCAACUGGUUGGCGAAGUAUCAACGAGUCCAACCUUCCUCAUCACCCUAUGUCGCCUGAACUCACGCUAUCGUUCACGCCUACCGGGGACCCCAGUUGGAUCGUCUCCGGUCGCCUCGAUAUCAUGAUUGGAUCCUCAAACCACGUCGUAUCCAGCAGUAUUGUCACGAAGAUGAAGGAGGCAAACAUGGCGAUGGCGAAGGUAAUGAGGGAGGAGGAGGAGGAGGGGGAUCAUGCCGCAGAUGAAGACGUGGAUGAACUCGAGGAGAGCGAUGUCGACGGCCCAGAACGUGCGGAGGAGCGGCGCCAAGUGAACAUCAAGUUCCACGGCGACUAUAGAUGUGAUUACUGCAAGCGUGCUGAGGAAUGGGCACAAAAACGGGCAGCGAAGGUUGUGAAGGGCCCCAGUGAAAUCACACCGUUCAUUUGCACGAUCUCUGGGAGACGGAAGCGUUGCGACUUCUGCUCAAAGGGCCGGCGCACACCCUGCUCGCUUCAGCCAUAUCUCAUCAACAAUUUGAUCAGCGUUGAUAAGGACCUUGUCGGCACAUACACAAUCAACCACGCUCCCGAGGCCACAGUUACUGGCAUCGAGUCCAACAACAAGAUCUACUCGGCAGUCCGCGUACAGGACAGUUUGCCUCGAACGAAGCGUAUGACCAGCCCCGCAAAGCCCAAGCGCAAGAACGCAGUGAAAGCAGCGAAAAGGGUCGCAAGGGCUCGCAGCAGCGCAAGCCUGCCCCGCAAGCGUGCUCAACCUAUCGCCACCUCAGUAACUGGAUCGUCUUCGCAUUCAAAUAACUCGCAAAGUCAUGUCGAGACCGAUCUUCUGAACCAGGAGGGAUCUCGUCUCCGCAGCACUGCGGAGGAGGCCCUAGAUGGCCUGUGCAGUGAUGUCCGCAGACUCGAGAGCGAGAUGUACGAACUUCGCAACACAUUGGAAGCCGAGCGGGCAUUCCGGAAGGAGGUAGCAGUCGAUCUCGCCAAACUUCGCAGUGAGAUGGAUGACCUACGCGCCGGCGCUGGUGCGCGCUCCUUGGCCGCUCUUGAACUGGAUAUAUCAGCGUUCGUUGCCAAGGUUAGGAGGCAGUUGGGCAGUGUCGAUGAUCGCGGUGAUCGUGGCACGACCCAUCAAGCGGCUGGUAUGUCCAGUGAGCCUGGCGAAGGCAACGACGGCCACGGUGCUACGCCCGUCGCAGGCCCGUCGUGCUACAUGCGGCGGCGCUCAAGCGCUCAACGCUCACCACCCCCACCACCCCUGCACCACCCCGCAGCUGCUGCAGCUCCGUCGCAGCCCCGCCGUCGUUGUUCGUCUGAGGCCAGCCCGGAACAAAGGGACCCGCCAGCUGGCGGGUUGAAGCACGGCGGCUUAGCCCGCGUGGACGUCCGCCAGGUCGACAUGGGAGUCGACAUGAAGUGUCGGCGCGACGAAUCCCUGCGAAACGUUGGCAGGAUAUCGCUUCUAAGCGUGGAUCUGAGACUGUCGCCGAUGGCGGGUUCACCGUCACCCGAAACCGACCCACAGGUUCAAGGCGACGACCUCCUCCGUUUCAUGCCCUCGACCGUGGACGGGAUAGUCAAAGCAACAGAGACAAAGGGCGGCGAGCUCCAAGUCGCGCAGCCAGUGGGGCGGUACCGUAGGAGGGCUACGCCCGGGUGCGAAGAAGAGCAAGCCCCUUACCAUGUACUUGCCGCGCCGGAUGCGCUGGCGAAGACAUUGCUUGCCGCGAAGAUAUCCGAACUGCAGCCCCCCCCCAUACUCGGAAUGCAGUGUCGCCGAUCGUUUCGCGGUGCCAACGCAAGGACUGAAGCCACGUCGUUGCAGUCGUGUCGUCGAGACAAGUAA